AUGUUACAAGACACCAUCAUGAGCACGAAUCAAUCGCAUCCCGACAGCAACAUUUCAGGUCAGGCCCCAUCCGCCGCGCCCGGGGUACAUCACAUGACACCACAUGCGUCCCGCGAUCCGAGCCCUCCAGCGGAGCAGCCCCAUUCAUAUCCUAUCCACCGCGGGGAUUACGAGCUAGUUGCGUGCAUUCAGGGUGGCCCUACCGGCGCACUCAACCGAUGGGAUCGAUUAGCCCACAAGGUUUGUCGAGCUGCAAUCACAAGAGGCGAGCCCCGCGACAAGGACCCGUGGUUAAUCGACGGAAAAGCGCAUGUUGCAUGA